CCUCACAUCAAGGCUUCCAGAACUCAAGUCUUCCUAGUUUUUGUUUUCCACAAUGAGUCGUCCAACACACAGUCAUGUCCAAGUGGCCAGGGUUUAACAAGAAACGAGCCCCCAGUCCCAAGCGGCAUGCCGCCCCACCCCCACCUAGGGGGGCAAACAGCCCCGUCAGCAAGCCCCCACCCCCGAGUAAGUUCGGGGGGAAUUCUCAGUCAGGCAGAACUCCUACAAGUACACCAGUCAUUGCUAAGGAGAGCCCGAAAUCUAUUCUCAAGAAGAAGAAGGCCCCGCCGCCUCCUCCAAGACGAGAGAGCCCAAGAACUGCAGGAAGAAAAGACUCAGUGUCAGGGAGUGAUGCGUAUAACUCAGAUUUAGAUGAUCUUCCCCCUCCCCCCGACAUACCUCCUCCCCCUGUACCAACCUCCCCCCUUCCUGAUGACACUGAUAGGUCCUCCCUUGACAAAAGUGGAACGGACCAAUCUACAAGCCAUACGGAUGCCACUGAUGGACCAUACCAAUCAGUGGAGGGGGGUGAUGACGCCAGCUCGCGGUUAAGCCCCGCCGUAUCCCCGAGCGUUCUCACCAAACAGAGACAGUCUCCGAAUUCCAUGUUUGUUCUACCGUCGCAACAAGCCAUGACAGGACAAAAGCCAUCCUCGCUUCUCACAGCGUACUCGCUUCCAACUCUCUCUCCCAGAAAGGACCUGAGUUUGAUCAAACCGGGACAAGCUACAAAAGGCUCCUCACAGGGACCCAUAACCACAGCCAGUGGGUCGUCCUAUAACAGGAAAAAAUUCCAGCCUAUUUCCCUACCAGAGCCAGGCACGCAGGCAGCAGAUAAUAAUUCCCCAGGACAACAAGCCUCACCAACACAAAGUUCUCCAGUAUCUAACAAAAGUAUGAUACCAAGACUUGUAAAUUCUCAGAAGGAAACUAACAGUGCAAGAUCUUCCAAUGAUUCAACGUCUUCCAGCAAAGAUAAUGCAGGAGCAAACCAUGACACAAGUGCCCCCAAAAUUCACAUAGAGCAUGAGGAAUCGUCAGAAGCAGCCAUGAUGUCUGGUUGGCAGCAGAAGUCAGUAGAAGACUGGACAAACGAGGACAUCGUGGAAUGGCUGCAGGCUACUGACCAGCAGGACUUUGUGGAAAUCUUCGAGGGCUGCAUAGAGGGCGAAUAUCUGAUCCAGAUCACUGAACAGGAUCUUGUUGACCUUGAGAUUGAAGAUGGUGGGCAGAGACAACAUUUUCUACGACUUCUAGAAGCUGAGAGGAACAGGCCAGAUAGGCCACAGGAGCAACAGAAAACUGAGAUGCAGACUCGGAGCAACAAAAUUGACACCUCAGCUUCUGAAGAGGAAGGAUCAGAUGUUCUGCCGAGAGACAGCCCGCCACAGUCGCCAUUGAAAUCAGGCUUGCCCCACCCCCCUCGUGAACCCAACACUGCCAUUGUGGAACCACAACAGUUACUGCAAAAUGGCAAACAUGUUGAUGCUGAGGUAAGCACCAUGUGGAGACAGAAGGAUCCUGUAGACUGGGGCGAGGCCGACGUCUGCGGAUGGCUGCAGUCUACAAAACUGGACAAGUUCAUUCAUGUCUUCAGGGCUAAACACAUCACAGGACAGCAGCUACUUCAGCUGGACCCACAACUACUCGACUCCAUGACAAUCCAUGACCCUGAUGACCGUGAGCGUAUCCUGUCCCACGUGUAUGACCUGCUCCAUCCCGAGGCUGCUGAUGUCGACCCAAGUGCAAUAGACCACCUUGACAACACGUAUGACCGAGACAAGCUGGCAGCAGCUAUGGAGGCCCUGAGGAGAACGUCCAGUAAUGCGUAUGGGAUAGAACUCCCCCCUCACCCCACACGCACCAGUAACAACAGUCCUGCUACUCCCAACAAGAUGAAGAAGGGGUUCUCCAGACUGAAAGAAGUGGUGUCUCCCAAGUCUCUGUUCAGCAAGAGAGAUGGCAGACCUGACGGAAACUCUGUACAAGUCUGGAACGAUGUCUUGGAGCCUGGCACCUUCUAUUGCAGUACGUACCAGGUGCUGGAGGGCACCACAGCAGCUGAGCUGGUCCAACAGUGUAUGGAGUCCCUGGACCUGGCAGAGGACCCCAGACUGUACUGUAUCAUGCAGGUGGCCAUGCAAUCUGGAACAGAAGGUCGUGAGCGCAGACUAGUCAGGACAGAGUGGCCACUAGCCGUACAGAGGACAUGGCCCAGCUUCACCAGUCACCGCUUCGAGCUGCGCAGAUGGGACUCUGGUCAGUCUAUCAAGGUUAUCUGCAGAAUAACUGGCCACAAGUCCCGUGGCAAGAGCUUCAAGGUAUCCCAGAAUUCCGUAUACCUGGACGUGAUGCGUCUCACGCUGCGGAAGUUUGGACUGAAGAACGUGGACCUGGACUUGUUCUGUAUGAUGGAAAUAGACAAGGAAGGAGGAAUCCGUGACUUAGCAGAGACUGACUGUCCAGGCCAGAUCAGCUGUACCUGUUUUGUUGUGUGUGACAAGGACAGCAGAGAGGAACAGAUGGAUGGACCUAUAGCUAGCGUCAUCAGAAGGAACUCAUCUCUACUCUCACAGACAUCAACUGUUUCCAACACAUCAGCAGGAAGCAUCACUUCUUCAGGGUCUGACUCUAAGGCAGUCGAUAUGGAGAAACUCAAUAAGGUAGAAGCAGAGAUGGCCAGCAUAGAGCAGGCUCUGACCACGCCUCCAGGGUCAGAGGUUGACAAGCAGGCCGUGACCUUGGCCGACCUUCAGAGACAGGUAGCGGAACUUAAGGAGCAGCUGGAGAAGAAGGAAGCCACCAUCACCGCCUUACAGGAGACCAGUCAACAGCUGCAGGAGAGGGACAGACAGUGUGCCAGCCUACAGAAGACCCUGUCAGAGCUACAGGAUGGCUACAGGCAACAGGAGGCCAACUUAGUACAGCAGUUAGAAGCAGACAGACACAGAAGACACAGCACUGUAGAGGCAAAGAUACAAGGUGACUAUGCUGGAGUGCUGGAGUCUCUACAGUCACAGUUAGACCAGAUUAACCAAGAAAUCAGCACCAAGGAGAGCGCCAUUCAACAACUACAGCAGGAACAGGCCAGACUGGAACCUAGCAGUAAUACUACCAUAGAUGCGAGCAUCCAGCAUGCAGAGCUGGAGUACAAACUUGCCAUGGAGGAGACCACACUACUGAGUCUGCAGCAGAGACAGGCUGAUCUACUGGAGGAGGUGGAGGAGGCAAAACUGGAAGCACAGAGGAAAAAGGAAAAAUCUGAACACAAAGUGUCCCUGUAUCCCCUGGUGCCCCCUGACAUGAUGACUGCCAUUAUGACCUUGACCCUGACCCCUGGACCGGGAGGUUACGGCUUCACAGCUUCUCCUGACAAGAACAAGAUGCUGAAAGUCCUGUCUGUGGGGAAGGACUGUGGGUUAACAGAAGGGGACAGGCUGCUUGAGAUCAAUGGUGAAGACAUCAGGAGUGUGGACCAGUCUAAGCUGGGGUCCCUCCUGGGUACCAAACAGCCUGCUGAGGUCGUCAUACUCAGGAAAGUACCGGAGAACACCAAACAGGAGGAAGUGGACAGGGUUGAGGGAGAACUGUCUCGGAUGAAGGAAGACGUCACCAUGGUGAUGGCAGAGUUACAGGAGCAGCAGGAGGAAAACACCAGGCUGAGACAGGAAGUGGACAGAUUGAAGGACAGAGAGCAGGAGGUUUUGUUGGAAAAGCAGAACUCAGAGGAAACAGUUGAAACUCUGAAAAAGAAGCUGGAGGUAUCAGAGAGGACGUGGAAGGAUCUACGUGAUAAGAUUGAGGAGUUACAGCACAAGGAGAUCCCCCUCCCCACACCUGUCCCCACCCCCAUCACUAAUGGACUGGACCAUGUGUCUGAUCAGUUACAGGAAGUGAAGAGGCUGAAGAGAGACCUGGCCCAGCAGGAGAACCAGGUCAGCAGGCUGGAGGGGGAACUCAGGGCCAGGGAAGCGACCAUGUUGGCCCUGCAGAAAGAGAGAGACGACGCCUUGGAGGAGUUACAGAUGCUUGAGGAGGAAGACGAGGAGGACAGAAGACCUGGUCUUAGGAGGAAGACAAAGAAAGGCCAUAGAAGAAAAGAGGAUGAGCCACCGAUUUGGGAGACUCUAAAAGAUGCUAACAAGGACACCAUCCUUGCUGCGCUGAAGGAGAAUGUACGAGAGAGUUCGGAGCAGAAGUCUUACCUGGACCAGCUGCUGAACGUGGUGAUAGAACAGGCUCCACAGCUGCUGCAGUACAUGGGGGAUGAUAUGGACGCAGGUGACUUCUCAGGGAAUGAAGAGUUCUGUUGACCAGUGCUGAGGAGGAUUCAGAAAGGGUAGUACUACACAAAUGCUUCCUGGGAGAAUUACAGAUCUCUACAACUUCUUAAGGUUUAAGCCUUUAAGUUGCUGGAUCAGUCUGACUUUUCUGUCUUCUUCAGAGGAAUCGGAACUUCCUACAAACAAAUUUUGCUUAUCAAGCCACAGUAUGUUUAUGUAUGUUUUUUAUUUGGAAAUUCAGAGUUGUAAGCUUUAUAAGACAGAUAUGGCAUUACAUACACUGCCAUAUUGUAUGGUUCUAGUGUCUUUUGUACAUGUAAGUUAGGAAUUCAAAAGUGCCAUGUACAAAAUAGCUAUUGUAAUGCAGAAUGUAAUUAAUUUGGUUCUGUUUAGUAUUUUCUUUUUCAAUGUCAACCUUCUUAAAAACAUAAUGUUUGUAAGAUAAACUCAUCAGGUUUGCAGUUAAUGAAUGUUUUUAAGGAACAAACUUUUUAAGGUUUUAUAUCCACGAUAGGGAAAUAGUUCUAGUCUAUAAUUGCAGAUAGAUCUAUAGUGAAAUAGUCGGUUUUUCAACAGUGGUCUGUCAGUAUUUUACUUAAGGAGCCAUGCAUGACUUUUGAAACCAUGACAUUCUGAUGUCCAGUAUAACAUGACAGUAUGUAUAAGAUGUGUAGAUAUCAAUUUACUUCCAAGUAGUACUGCUAGGGAAGCAAUUUUUCUCUUGGCAGUGUUUUCUAAAUUAGUUGAUUUAAAGUGCCUUAUUACAUGAGUCUAUGGUAUAUCACCAGCAUUAUAUUCAAUCUGGUAAGACUGCAUUUGAAUCUUUAUUUCAGUAACAAAUUUAUGCUGCAAUAGGCUUGUAUAUUGUAACAAUGAGGUCUCAAAUUAAAAGGUAAAGUAUAAUGUAUACUUUAGUUUAGUAAUUCAUAACUUCCUGAUGAUCAUACACCUUUUAUUUGAUCAGUUAGCGUGUCUUUGUAUAGUGAUUAGUGACUGUGCAUAUUUCACAAUUGUUUUCAUAAAGGUAUGAAAUGUACAAUAAUAUGAUAUAAGCUUGUAACAAAAGAUAUUUCUGGGAGGCUGGGUUCCUCCAGUUUAGAAUUAUGCUUCUACACAUGAAUUUUAUCCACAGUAUAAAAAGAUUGAUAUUGUUUGAUUUGAGUUUAUGUGUAAGGGAACAGAUAUUUAUAUGAGAAAUUGUUUGUAUCACACCUACAUAUAGAGAUGUUUUGCCAGUUGUAUUUGCUACAUGUGUAGGUCAUAUCAUUACAACAAAAUUCCUGUAACUUUUCCUGACGUAGCCAUUACAGGAUCCGUAAGUUUGCAAUAAUAUUUGAUAUUUUACA